AUGUCGCUGUUCGGAGGCUCCACUUUCGGCGCCGCCCGCCCAACGACCUUUGGCGGCGCAGCGACGACGACGCAGCAGUCGGCGCAGGACAAGGACAUCGAGGUGUCCCAGCCGCCCACAGAUGGAGUGAGCUCAUUGAGCUGGAGUCCAGUAGCAGACUUCCUUGCCGUCAGCUCGUGGGACAAUAAUGUUCGGGUGUAUGGCGUGGAAGGCAAUGGUACGACAUCACCCAAGGCGAUGUACUCACAUCAAGGACCCGUGUUAGACGUGUGUUGGUCAAAAGACGGUAACAAGAUCAUAUCGUGCGGAGCAGACAAGGCAGCCAGGCUAUACGAUGUAUCGACGGGACAACAAUCACAAGUGGCUGCUCAUGAUGCUCCCAUCAAAAAUCUCAGGUGGAUUGAUCAGAAUGGUGGGAUACUCGCGACCGGGAGUUGGGAUAAGACUGUCAAGUACUGGGAUUUGAGACAAUCACAGCCAAUUGCGACUGCUCAGCUGGCUGAGAGGUGUUACACAAUGGACUUUGCCUGGCCAUAUCUGGUAGUGGGAUGCGCAGAGAGGAAGAUACAAGUCUUUGACCUGAGUCAAAACCCAAGCAACGCCAUAAUGACGAUCGACUCGCCCCUGAAAUGGCAGACCAGAGUAGUGUCCUGCUUCCAGAGACAAGACACACAGCCAGCGCCUCCGGGAUACGCUGUGGGAUCCGUAGAGGGGAGGGUAGCCAUCCAAUAUGUCAAGGAAGAGAACAAGAAUCUCAACUUUUCCUUCAAGUGUCACCGCAAAGACGGGCCCACAGCCCGCGACCCACAACAGCUGUUCCCAGUUAACGCAAUCAGCUUCCACCCCAUCCAUGGCACCUUUUCCACCGCCGGCGGGGACGGCUCCAUCUCCUUUUGGGACAAGGAUUCCAAGACGCGUCUCAAGACCUUUGAGUCUAAAGGGGCACCCAUUAGCGCUACAGGUUUCAAUCACAAUGGAACCAUCUUCAGCUAUGCGGUCAGCUAUGACUGGCAUAAAGGAUGGCAAACGGCUCCUCCUGCUGGGACGCCGAAUCAGAUUUUCCUACAUGCGUGCAAGGACGAUGAGGUCAAGAGGAGGCCGAAGAAGUAGAUGGAGCGUUCUGGGGGUUAGAGUUUCUGAGAUGAGGGAAGGGACGCUGGGGCAGGAAAGGGCAAUGGAGAAUUCUCCCUUUGUACGGUCCGAUGAUUCGAUUUGCAUACAGACAUACAUACCAGUCUACGGCUAGCCUUGAAGCACUACCUGUCUGC